CGCAAGUUGGGCUUGUUCGGCAUACGAAAAGCUUUAUUUUGUGCCCUCGGUGGCUUCUGCCUGUUCGCAUUACUUCGCAUUAAUAACGCCCGUCCUUAUUCGGAACAGUAGGCCAGAAAGGUUUGCUGCAUACUGCUUUCACAGUUAGCUUGCUGCAAUGGCGGAAAGUUGGGAUCCCAAGACAAGAGAGACUGUAAAGAAAAUCCCCUUUCUGACAGAGAAGUCUGGGCCACGGGAUAAGCAGAAAUGGCAAGAUCGCUUAAAACAGGAGCUGCAUGCGCUGAUCACCUACAUCAAAAUGAACAAGGAAUCAGACACAGACUGGUUCAGCAUACAGCCGAACGCCGACGGCACACACUGGACCGGCCAAUGCUGGUAUGUGCAUGAGCUCAUCAAAUAUGAGUUCGACUUCCAGUUCGACAUUCCGGCGACAUACCCGGACACAGCACCGGAGAUCGAACUCCCGGAGCUGGAAGGCAAGACAGCGAAGAUGUACCGCGGGGGUAAAAUCUGCUUGACCAUCCACUUCAAGCCCCUGUGGUCCAAAAACAGCCCGCACUUCGGCAUCGCGCACGCGCUGUGUCUGGGUCUGGCGCCCUGGCUGGCGGCCGAGGUGCCGUUCAUGGUGGAAUCCGGGGUAAUCAAGGCCAAGGUGUGAGUGAGGCGCGCGGAGCGCGCCAGACCACCGCAACCGGCUUGGGACGGAGGACUUGGCACACGUCCUGGGACACCACAUGCGACCUGGGGGCUGCGCUGAUGCUGAUGAGAUGAUGAAGGGAGGCCGGCGCUGUUACGUCACAAGACCAGACAUCAGACGUAGCGGGGGAAGCUCUUGACCGUGUGUGUCUUGAUAGCAUCUUGCAUGGGGAGCAGAGGAGCCUUGGGGCGCAGUGUGACCCAAGUGUGCGGGAAUGCAUCGAGUGCUGGCUGCGGCGCCCGGGCGCUAGGGUUGCGUGCGGGCAGGCGUGAGAGGGGCAGAUAGGAACAUAACGUUCAGCGGCAAAGGAGCAUGUGGGUACUUCUCCGGGUGGGAGGUUACAAAGAACCGUGUCUCCCGGCGUAUACGGAGCAGCGGCCA